GUCGAGUUUUUAUUCGUCUUUAACACACAUCACACGGGGUCUCGGUUUAUUCACCAGAAAUAGGAAGAAAGGGUUGAAGAAAGAUAAUGCAGGGGAAAGUGUACAACUGAACAGUGUGGAUAAAGGUAGAAAUACAAGAUGUGUGAAUAAUCUUAUUCAGAGCAAGAGGGUGGUGGCGGCCUCUGUAAGAAACAGAUACACAUUAUCAUCCAGGCCCUGCCGCCUCCACACGCUACAUCACAUCUUGACAGAUAAGUUCAAUUUAACACGUUCUAUGCUUAAUACAAAACACAGUAUGGUACUUCAUCAACAGCAACACAAAUCUUUGUUGUAUCACAUGAAAUUGUAUCGCAAUCUUCCCCAAUCCUGGUGUUCCCAGACACCCAGGCACUCAUGUCUCCUAUUAUCUGGGCCCCUUUUACUGAACAUCGCGCAGACAGACUCUCAACCAGGGACUGCUAUUGGGUAGGAAGGGCUCAUACAUUUGGGCUGCCUUUGACAAGUGCAGAAUGCUGUUCUGGGUCCAAAUACUGAGCACAGCAACACCAACUGAACUAUUACAUGUGCUGUUAUGUUAUUGAACAGCAUAAAUGGACUGGAUAACCAAGUACUGUGCACAGUAUGUAUGUAGGUAGACUUCUAAUCCUAUGAACGGUUACUGUGCUUAUGGACAAUCAUUCUGGAUUUUUUUCAGUAUAAAUAUUGGGUGGUGGCAACUCUAGAGUUUCAAAACUGAAUACAGAAUCUCCCUCCACCAGCAGCAGAAACCAGGAAAAAAUGGAUGCCCCACAGCAGCUUGUCAAAUUCACAAGCGACAGACUUGUCAUCAAUGAAGAAGUUGCAAAGUACCUAUCAACACUGAUGGGUGUGGCUGAGGUAAUAUCUAUUGUUGGUAAGAGCAGAACUGGAAAGUCGUACCUCUUGUCUCGCUUCUUUGGGGAUGGGAAUGGAUUUAAGGUUGAACACGACUAUAAAGCAUGUACCAAAGGGAUCUGGGUGUGGGCAAGACCUCAUCCUUCCCGUCCAGACACCAAUCUCCUGCUGCUGGACACUGAGGGAGCAGAUGACUUUAAAGGUGGAGUCCUUCAAGAUAAACAGAUAUUUUUACUGACUUCGCUUCUCUCCAGCAGUCUGAUCUACAAUACAAUGAAAUCCUUAAACAAAAGUGACACGACAGACAUCAUUGAACUUUUACAGGCAGUGAGAGAAAUACUAACGCUAGACAAGAGCCAGGAAGGCAGUAGUGGUUCUCUCCAAGAUUAUCUUCCAAACCAUUUCUAUUUCGUGAUUCGAGAUUGCCAGUUUGAAGAUUGUGGAGAAGAGGAAUUUCUGCAAUAUGUGCUGAAUUCCAUGGAUACAUGUAUGAAAGAAAAUAUUAAGGCAGCUUUUUCUAAUAUGGAAAUGCAGCUUUUACCAGCACCAAUGAGAUCCCUGAAAGAAUUGAAGCCUGAAGACUUAGAUACAAAAUUCCAGACUGCUCUGUCUGAGUUUAUUACCCGUGUUCGUGAUAAACGCUCCACUCCAAAGACAGUUAGCAAGGAAAAGACACACUGCACACCUGGAGGGAUUGUAGACCUGGCACGGUCCUAUGUCCGAAAACUGAAUAAUAAUGAAAGUGUGUGUCUACGCGAGGCUGCCAAAGAUAUGACUGAAACCCAACUAAACCGUGCAUUCAGGGAAGCCUGGGAGGAGUUUCAGAGUUACAUGCAGGCAGUCAUCGAUCAGCUACCCAUGGAAACUAAACAACUGACAGAAGCCCAUUCUGAGGCCCAGCAACGUGCAAUGACGGCAUAUGAAAAAUACACCAGUUUUUGCAUUGACGUGCAGAAAACUCAGGAUAAAAAAUGUGCAUUUUCGGUACAAAUUGAAAACAAUAGGGAGGUGCUCUUGAAGAUAAAUUAUGAAAAAUCUGAACUGAAGUGCGGGAAAGAGUUUGCCAUUCUCAAGAAAAAACACAUUGGACCUGUCACGGACUAUACUGGCAUAGAGGCAUUUGAAAAAAUGAGGAGGCAGAUCAACAAGCUGAUAGAUGGAUAUAAUCAGCUUUCAGGUAUGGGACCGGCAAAACAAGCAGUAUUCUCUGAACUCUAUAAGACUGAAUUAGUGGAUUUACUGACAAUUGCUUAUAAGGCAACAAUUAGUUUCAUUGAACAACAGUAUGCAGAAAGGAAGGGAAGAAUACAACUUUUUGUAGCAGAGCUUAAGAAGACUGCAGACAUCAUGGAUAAACUUCAAAAGGACUCCACCAUAGCAAAUGUAGCUGGAAGUUCUACUGCUGUAGCUGGAAGUAUUCUAACCAUAACAGGGCUGGCACUGCUUCCCUUUACAUUUGGAGCCUCUGCUAUACUAACUGGUGUAGGGGUUGGGGUUGGUGUGGCUGGGGGUGUUACCACUGUCACCGCAGACAUAUGCAGGUUUGUUAAAAAUAAAGAUUUGAACAAUGAUGUUAAGGCUGCACAUGAAAAAAUUGUGCAGGACUUAAAAGAGAUUGCAGAACUCUUGGAAUAUGUAUGUGGCCAACUUUCAGAGGAGAAGGAAGUAGGUGAUAUUAACUGGAUGAAUCAUGUAUACAGGAUCUUUGCCAUAGGUAAUUUUGUAGGAGUGCUUGAUGACAUUGUAGCUGUAGGCGCUAGAGUAGCUGCUAACGUUGCCAGAGUAGCAGGUAUAGUGUUGGCUGCACUUGUGAUAGUGCUGGAUUCAUUUGCUAUUAUUAAGAAGUCUAUUAAAAUCCAUGAGGGAUGUAAAACUGAAAGAGCAAAAGAGAUCCGUGAUCUGGCUCAAAGUAUAGAAGAAGAACUAACAAAAGUAGAGGGCUGUAUCGCACAAAUGAAAAAUACAAAAAAAUCAUAUGAUGAAACAUCUCUAAUGAUUCAGACAACCCAACUCUCUCUUUUUGCCAAAAAAAAUACAAAAAAGUCAUAUGAUGAAACAUCUCUAAUGAUUCAGACAACCCAACUCUCUCUUUGCCAAAAAAAAAAAACUAAAAAAAACCACUCUGAUCUGAAGAUGAGCUCUAGAUAAGUCACUUCUGAAUUGAUUAAAAUAAAAAAGUAGCCUACUCAGCAUUUGGGAUUGUCUACUGAGGUGUAUAUAUAUAAUUUUUUGUUACUAUAGAGGUAACGAACAGAAAGUUUCUUAGACUCAGUAGUGCUGGGUCCCCAUGAAGAUCUCCCUGAAAUUAACCUCAUAAACUUGGGCUGUCUGGAUUCAUUCAGAGUUGAAAUAACACACAAUUAAGUAUAGGCUUCACCUGCCAACAUAUUUCAUAUAUUUCCCCUUGCUCUAUACAUUAGGUCUUUUCAAGAGGCAUUGGGAUAGGAUGCUACAUUAUCCUGUGUGCUUUGUACAGGAUUAUGUUUACUUUGAAAUGUUUUUUUUUUAAUUUUUAAUGCAUAAUACAUCUUGAUCAUAUUCAAUAUGCACUGCAGUACUUCUGACUUUGCUUUAAUUUGUUGACGCAUUUUUAUAUUUUAUUAACUACAUUUAUUAUUUUAAAUCAUGGAUUGAUUUGUAUAUAUUGAUGUUUUUGAUUAUCUUCUGGGCUAAGUUUCUGUGAAACUUAAGGGUAGAGAUAGUGUUAGGAUUUUAACAAAGAGUAACUGCAUUUUAUUUUUUGUUUUUAUUCCAAAACAUUUCUUCAUUUUAAGAAUAAAGAGUUUCAUGGUGUAUUUUGUUGUCAUUAACAAUUCAUGGUGGUUUUAAUAUUAAAUUCUCUAAAAACAAAA